AUGGUGUUUAAAAAGAGAAGUAGAGAGGAGAGCGCUAUUCAGCUCCACGGACAGCAACUGUCAACCCUGCGCUCUGGUUUUGGGUUCAGCACCAUGGACAGUGACAGAGAGUACCGUGCCGAUUCUGGUACAUGCAAGUCAGAGUCUCAUUCUGACCUGGACAACCAGGUGUGUUCCAUCUCUAGCUAACUGGUGACAUUUCCCUGAUCAAUAUGUGGCAACCCAUCCAGACACUCUGGCCCUGGAUGACUGGAACUUGGCACCUCUGCUGUACAGACACUACACCUGCACCUGGCUAAACCUAACCAUGUGUUCUCCUCUCUCUUUCUUUCUCUGUUUUCUACAGGGGGAUAGCUGGGAAGAAAUGUGGCACCAUAAUUCUAUCUGCAGAGGAGCUGGGUAACUGUAGAGUAAGUAGACCUAAUACUACCUUCUGACAAUACUAUACAGUAGACUGUAGACUGUAAACACCACUACCUUUUGGUGUUCCUUUUUACUGCCUGUCACUACAUACAACUUAAGCAUAAGUCUCCUAUCACUGUUACCUGUCACUGCAUAUCGUUGUACUGUAUAUAACUGCAGAGAAAGCACCAAUCUACCUUCUUACAUCACCAUCCCUGUUACUGCACACAAUAUCAUAUAAAUAUCAUAGCACUACUGCUUACUCUUACAACUACAUAAACUCCUCAAAUUCAAAUCUGGACCUCCAAGCCAGUUCCACUGCAUUUUUUCAUUGUUCACCUCUAAUUAGGGACUGAUUUAGACCUGGGACACCAGGUGGGUGCAAUUAUAUUUAUCAGGUAGAACAGAAAACCAGCAGUCCAGUUUAGAUGUAUGCAGUAAGUUAUAGUUACCUUGAGGCCAAAUAUACAGACAGAUUUCAACAGAUCAGAAUGAUGGAAUACAUACAUAUCCUUGGGUCCUUGGGUCUACUGGUCACAAAGACAUGAAGCACUUACUUAUUCAAGCAUAUGGAAUCCAUAAAGGAGAUAAAACAGGACAUACAGUACAGAACAUCCUUGGAGUUGUCUGGGAGGGUUUCAAACUACCUGAAAGACAGUUGAUGUUUAUAACCUUUUAUAAGCUUUUAGUGAAGGAACAAAGGGUGUAGCUUCCCUGUUCAGCUAUUAGAAUGGGAUGGGUCUGAUUUAUCAGCACACGCACACACACACAGACAUACACAAACACACACACAUGCACACACACAUUUCACAGAUACUCUUAAGCUUAACGUAUGCUUCCCAGUCUAAACAGUUGAGGCAAGUCGAAGUUCGGUAGCCGAAGUCUACGCCCCUUCGCCGGUGAUUGGUCAACAGUACUACACCUAGUAGGACUGGGAACAUGAAGUGUUUCUUGUCAUUGAAUGAGAGAUGACUAGUGUUCAUGCACAUUUUUUCAGUUGAGAAAUACUGCACCAAACAUCUUAGUUAGAUUAAGACUAAGACCUCUUCGGCAACAAUGUCAAAAUGAAUGACAGAUUUCCUGAUACAUCUUUGAUUCAUUUAGACUAUUUUGAGGAAUUGUUUCUGGCUAUGCUGUUGCUACAGUGGGCCAAGAGGGACAAACAACAGUAAUAUUGCAGUUUUUUUCAAUUUUUCAAGCGAAUGUCUUUAGAGAGUAUGCGAGUACAGACGUUCGCUUCGCCGAGUUCUGCUAGGUUCCAACCGAACCGAUUUAUGCGACCACCUUUACCCUCAUGGUGGACACAGGGAAAGGGGAUACAUAGUCAGUUGCACAACUGAAUGCAUUUAACCUAAAUGUGUCUUCCACAUUUAACCCAACCCCUUUGAAUCAGAGAGGUGCGGGGGGCUGCCUUAAUCGACAUCCAUGUCAUCGGCGCCCGGGGAGCAGGUGUUGUUGGGGGGUUAACUACCUUGCUUAAGGGCAGAACAACAGAUUGUUCCACCUUGCCGGCUCGGGGAUUUGAACCAGCAACCAUUCGGUUACUGGCCCAACGCUCUUAACCGCUAAACUACUUGCCACCGUAGCCUGGGACGGGUGUGAUAUAUCAGUGGAAGGGUGUGUAUCUAAUGAAAUGACACAGUGAGAUGAUGAGAGAGGCUGAAUGGUCCCCUUGGCUCUCCUAGGUCUACUGGCUGUCCUUAGCUUCUACAGGCUCUCCACUGGGCUCCACUGAGCUAUGGCAUGACAGAUUAUAUCUAUGUGUUACAUCUAAGCUCUGUCAUCUCUAGGCUCUGUAAUCUUUAUGUCAUUUAUAUGGCUCUCAGCACUAGGCUAGAUCUGACACUGGUGUGAGAGACAUAUAGAGCCAGACAGAGAAAGAGGAGAGGUUUGGAGGGAGAGAGGAGAGGAAGAGAAAUAGAUGGGGGAGAGGAUAGGGAAAGAGAGAGAGAGAGAGAGAGAGAGAGAGAAAGAGAGAGAGAGAGAGAGAGAGAGAGAGAGAGAGAGAGACAAAGAGAAAGAGAGAAAAAAAUGACAGCGAGAGAGGAAGGCUCAGAGAGGAUCAGAGAGACACAGAGCGUUACAACAGAGGGAGGAAUCAAUUGUGGAUUACGUUGACGCUCUGUGCAGCUCUGACUGUAAUAAACUGCUACAGCUGAUCGUAAUGUGUGACUGAAUGGACUUUAAUUAAAACCCAGCCCUCUGACUGACCUUGUAUCAAACUGACUGGGAACAAUAACGCUACAGCUGUUAAAAGGACCAGUAGACUAGUCACUGACUAGCAAUAUGUAGAGUAACAAGACCGGUAUAGUGAGAGAGACCACGCACACUCACACACACGUACAUGUGUACACAAACACGCCAAUGCAUGCACACACACACUCCAAACACACAUACACACCCACAUACGCACAAUAUACCCCCUAUAGUAACCCCAUGUGGCACCAAACAACCUAACACUGAGAUUUCUUAUCAUGUCUCUCUUCCUUCUCUCCCCUGUUCCCUCUCUCCUAGCCUCUUCCUUCAACAGGGGCUCUAAUUGAACCACAAUGUCUCCUAUAUUCUCUCUCUUUAUUUAUCUCCCCCGCUCCCUCCCUCUCUCCCUCUGGUCCAUUGGUCUUUCAUGCCACCCUCCAUUAAAGCAGCAGGCAUGGAACUAACAGAGGACUUGCAUCCCUCCUGUCCUUACUGCCUAUAUUUCCUAGCAUUCCAGCUUACCACAACCACCCACCCUGUUCCCUUAUUUCUCUACCAAACCUUUCUUCAUCCCCUUCUCCCUCCUAAUCACCACCACUUGCAGACGUGAUACAUGAUACCCAGCAUUCACAAUACCAAGCUUUUCAGAUCUCACUCUCUCCGACAUUCUCCUCUACUUCCUGUGUGUUCCUGUCCCCAGGCACCCCACCAUCCCAUCAACCCUCCCCACCCCCUGUUUAAAUAUUGAUAUAGUUAUUCUGCCCACAUUACCCAUCGGAUGUUGAUCACAGACUUUACAAGGGGGGAUGUACGUGUCACGGAAGUGUCACAGCUCCCUAAUGAGGCUGGAACAGCCACAGAGAUCCUACUAAAUUACUAGCUAUGUCAUAAACCCUAAAAGUUCCAGAAUGGUCGAAAAUGGCAGCCAUUGUAUUAUGGUCAGGGAUAAAUCCAAACCCAGAGUUGCCAACUCUCACGCAUUUGACCCUCUUCUCAUGCUCUCACGGCACACCUCUUAUAUCUCACGCAUUGAAAAGUGCUGCUUUUAUUUUUCUAAUUAAUCCAUUGUAUAGUCAGUGCGUUAUCUUUUCAACUGUGCUCCAAAUCGUUUUGAAGUUGGAGCGUCUCCGCCUACAAUUUAACAUCACAUGCGGAACCUCUAUCAUUGUCCUGUCUUGCCACAGCACUGUGAACCGUGGCACAUUGAAGCAUAUGAUUGGUCUAGUUAUGUAAGGGAGCAAGGGGAUUGGAUGCAUGUUUUAAAGAUACGCCCCUCAAUAUUAAUGUGGAGCUGAAUGGAGAGAGAGAACGUUCUCCGCUGAGUUUAUAAAACUGUAAAAAGAGUAGCACAGUAACGCAGUUUUAUGUAUAAUGUUGUCAACAAAAUUUGGUUGCUGUUACUCCCGUCCCUAUUGCAGAAUGCAACCUUUUGACAGCAUGUUCUAAAGUCGAUUUAAUCCCCACUUGUAUUUGUCCCCUCGUUUGGUGAUUGGCAUUUAGGCUGUCACAACGAAAAGGCAGCAGACAGAUUUAGGGUAUGUUUUAGCAGGGAAGUUUGGCAGAGUGACCUGAUUUGUAACUAUGAAAAUAAUUUAGUCAAACAUUGUGAACCCAAAAUUGUAAGUUUUAUUCUAGAGGCGGGACAAUACAUAGAAAUAAUUUAGUUAGGGUGUAAGGACAGAUUUUUAUUACCUAUUUACUUUAUUUAGUAUGAUCAGUGGAACAAUUCUCAUUCUUAACAAUGGGCUAAAAUAUAGGGUAAUUACUGUGCUUGUCAGCAAGAACACUACUGUUAUUCCCCACACUUAUUAUAUUAUUCCACUUCUUCCCAAUUUUGCCAGUGUAAUCAAAUUUUUUAAAUCUAACAUGCCUCCUUGUGUCUUUUGAAAAUUAAUUAUAUGAGGCUACAGUACGUAUUUUUGCAGCAAUUCAUGGAAAGUUGUAAAUAAGUCAUACAAAUAAGCAUUGGAUAUGAAAUGCUGUUUACAUUUUAGUAUUGUGCACAUGCUAGGCAGAGAUGGUAGGGGGACUCUCAACUCAUAAACGCAUCAUAUUUUGUCUAUGUAGAGUAAGAUGACGGUAAGGAUCUUCAACUAGUAGGCAUAAACCACCUGAAUAUUGAUUCUUCAAGGUUGGGUGAUUAUGCGAAAUUAGCCCUAUUUUAAAGUUCACCCAAAUGACAAAAUGUUUGUGUCCUUACCUUGAAAGCAGUCUAUGUCACACCCUGAUCUGGUUCACCUGUCUUUGUGCUUGUCUCCACCCCCCCCGCAAUAAUGGCUUCAAAGCUAGCUGGCUAGCUAGCUAGCUACUCUGUGUAAGCUAGUUUGUCGAGCUAGAAAGUAAUAGAAACAAGUUGAGAAAAAAGUAACUAAAACAAACGUGUUUUAUCAUCAACUGAAACAAUUUACUUCUCCUGUCUUGAAUGUAGAAGUUCUAUUUUGCGGUCUACCAAAAUAAAUGUGAUCUCUUUGAAGAGACAUUCAAUGUUGCCAACUAUUUCUCAGUGAGAAUCGCUAUUGGCUCCUUGAUUUGUCGCUAGAAGUUGCUAGAUUACGUUUUGCCAUUGCCAUGACAACGUCAGAGCACCAAUUUGUCUUGCUGCGGCACAGCUGCAGUACCCGACAUAGCGUUUUCGUCCCAACUCCCGCCGCACUCCCCCUCCCCUUCUACUUCUCUGGCCUGUGAGUGCACCAUUGCUGUGACUUCUGUUGCACAUACAUCUUUUUCCCACGGUCGUUUUAGGCAGCAUUGAGUGGGAAAAGUCGCUAAAUGCUAUCAAAAACAUACAAACCCUCUAUGUCAAAACUCCCCAAAGGCAGCCUGAGAAGUAGCUGAAUUUGUCGCUAGACUCUUUUACUGUAAGUACAGUAAACACAUAAAGUACAGUAAGUACAGUUUCCCUUAUCUAAAUGUUGCAGAGAAUGUCCUCUUUCAGAUGCUCUUUUCCCUGGGUUGAUAAACCCAACCGUUCAAAGAUAGAGCCAAAUGUUUGAUGCAUGUAAAUAGUCAUAAAUCCGUCAGAUCAUCGGUGAUCCGACGUCGUAAAUCAUAAUUUGUCAAAAUUCUGUUUUAGCUCAACUUCAUAUCAGUGUUGCUCAGCCUCUGAUCAGCAUGGUUUCACCAUUCCUGUGCAGCAAGCAGCUUGUUUCUUGACCCAGAACAUCAUGAAUGUCACUAAUGUAUUGUUAUAAAUGUUUUAUUGACGUGUUUUACAAGUUUGAGAUCCAUACCUAGGAGAAUAGAUGAAUGGUGGAAAAUGUAUGUUAAAUAGUAUUUUAGUGAUUUCAAACUCUGUUCCGGGUCAAAUUGAGAGAACACAGUCGGGCCACCGUGGAGAGGAGUAUGUUUGUACUCACUGAACACAGCCUGCAGUCUAAGUCUGACUGAGAGUGAUAAUGAGACAGGACCUAGACAGACACACACACAGACACACACACACCAUGCACAAAGACACACACAAACACACACACACACUUUCUCCCUCUCACCCAAACACAACCAGUCACACUCACCCACUCACCCUUAGCAGAUCUGAUAUCUGCUACAACAUUAAAAAGCCAUUAGCAGUAUCAUUACGAGGUGCAGCUAGCGCGGGUAGUGUCCAGUGUAGAGCCUCUGGCCCUCCAACGACAACAGGAGAAGUGUUUAUCGUCCUGAUGCCCACUGCCUUGGCUGUCUGCUGGCACUUCAGCUCUUUAGAUAAUAAAGCUAUUCUGUCUGUUCUCCCAUGGGAGGAUUAGCCAGCUACACGCUCUGCCUAGGCUGAUUUACAAGGAGCUCCUACAGAAUAAUGGCUCUUUGUUUAUUGCAUCUGUGUCCCAAAUGGCACACCUAUAUAAUGCACUACUUUUGACCGGGGCCCAUUGGGCUGGGGAAUACGGUGACAUUUGGGACUCUGCCAUACUUUCCAUACAAUCUAAUUUCAAAUCAAAUCAAAUGUUAUUUGUCACAUGCGCCAAAAUGCUUACUUACAAGCCCUUAACCAACAAUGCAGUAUGUAGGUAGGGGUAAAGUGAAUAUGCAUAGAUAAUAAACAGUGAGUAGCAGCAGUGUAAAAACAAAGGGGGGGGGGGGGGGUCAAUGCAAAUAGUCUGGGUGGCCAUUUGAUUAAUUGUUCAGUAGUCUUAUGGCUUGGGGUUAGAAGCUGUUAAGGAGCCUUUUGGAUCUAGACUUGACGCUCCAGUAUCACUUGUCAUGCGGUAGCAGAGAGAACGGUCUAUGACUUGGGUGACUGUAGUCUUUGACAAUUUUUUGUGCCUUCCUCUGACACCGCCUAGCAUAUAGGUCCUGAAUGGCAGGACGCUUGGCCCUGGUGAUGAACUGAGCCGUACGUACUACCCUCUCUAGCGCCUUAUGGUCAGAUGCCGAGCAGUUGCCAUACCAGGCGGUGAUGCAACCGGUCAGGAUGCUCUCGAUGGUGCAGCUGUAUAACUUUUUGAGGAUCUGGGAACCCAUGCCAAAUAUUUUCAGUCUCCUGAGGAGGAAAAGGUGUUGUCGUGCCCUCUUCACGACUGUCUUGGUGUGUUUGGACCAUGAUAGUUUGUUGGUGAUGUGGACAACAAGGAACUUGAAACUCUCGACCCGCUCCACUGCAGCCCAGUCGAUGUUAAUGGGGGCCUGUUCGGCCCUCAUUUUCCUGUAGCCCACGAUCAGUUCCUUUGUAUUGCUCACAUUGAGGGAGAGGUUGUUGUCCUGGCACCACACUGCCAGGUCUCUGACCUCGUCCCUAUAGGCUGUCUCAUCGUUGUCGGUGAUCAGGCCUACCACUGUUGUGUCAUCAGCAAACGUAAUGAUGGUGUUGGAGUCGUGCUUGGCCACGCAGUCGUGGGUGAACAGGGAGUACAGGAGGGGACUAAGCACGCACCCCUGAGGGGCCCCAGUGUUGAGGAUCAGCGUGGCAGAUAUGUUGUUGCCUACCCUUACCACCUGGGGGCGCCCAGUCAGGAAGUCCAGGAUCCAUUUGCAGAGAGAGGUGUGUAGCCCCAGGGUCCUUAGCUUAGUGAUGAGCUUUGUGGGCACUAUCGUGUUGAACGCUGAGCUGUAGUCAAUGAACAGCAUUCUCACAUAGGUGUUCCUUUUGUCCAGGUGGGAACGGGUAGUGUGGAGUGUGAUUGAGUUUGCGUCAUCUGUGGAUCUGUUGGGGCGGUAUGCAAAUUGGAGUGGGUCUAGGGUUUCCAGGAUGAUGGUGUUGAUGUGGAAUUUGACCAGCCUUUCAAAGCACUGCAUGGCUACUGUUAGCAGUUGAUGUUAUUCUUCAAUAACACAGACCCCAAAGCAAAUCAGGGGGAGAAAAAUAUAUUUAUUCAAAGAGAACAAAUCAUAGUUGUUAUGCUGGGAAGUAUAUGGUAGAUGUUAAUUAUUCCCUGUUUUCCAUGUUUCUCCACUGAACAAAGAGACAGGAUGUAGUUUAUAGCCUCAAGCAUAGCAUGUGGCUGACCAAUUAGAAUUCCUUGCAAUAAAAUUGGGCUACUGGCCAAACCCCCAAGUAUCCUGUUUCAUGCUCAAUGUAUAGACCAUUUGGACCAAUGAAAACUUGAAAAUGUAGCUAUGAAUCCCUGAUGGAACCGCCACAAAGAUUCUAAACAGAUGUUGAACUGAAAAACAACUAUUUCCAUUGAUCGUUAAUUCCCUCUUGCCCUCUAGUCCUCUAUUGACCACUAGUCCUCUUGACCACUAGUCCUCUUGUCCACUAGUCCUCUGCGUUGUGCAUAUUUAUCUUCAAAUAUUCUUACACUACCGACGUGAGUGCUAUGGGGCGGUAGUCAUUUAGGCAGGUUACCUUCACUUUCUUGGGCACAGGGACUAUGGUGGUCUGCUUGAAACAGGUAGGUAUUACAGACUCGGUCAGGGAGAGGUUGAAAUUGUCAGUGAAGACACUUGCCAGUUGGUCCGCGCAUGCUCUGAGUACACGUCCUGGUAAUCCGUCUGACCCCGCAGCCUUGUGAAUGUUGACUUAUUUAAAGGUCUUGCUCACAUAGGCUACGGAGAGCGUGACCACACAGUCGUCCGGAACAGCUGAUGCUCUCAUGCAUUUUUCAGUGUUGCUUGCCUCGAAGCGAGCAUAAAAGGCAUUUAGCUCGUCUGGUAGGCUCGCGUCACUGGGCAGCUCGCGGCUGGGUUUCCCUUUGUAGUCUGUAAUAGUUUGCAAGCCCUGCCACAUCCGACGAGCGUCAGAGCAGGUGUAGUGGGAUUCAGUCUUAGCCCUGUAUUGACGCUUUGCCUGUUUGAUGGUUCGUAUGAGGGCAUAGCGGGAUUUCUUAUAAGCAUCCAGAUUAGUGUCCCGCUCCUUGAAAGCGGCAGCUCUAGCCUUUAGCUCGGUACGGAUGUUGCCUGUAAUCCAUGGCUUCUGGUUGGGAUAUGUACGUACUGCCACUGUGGGGACGACAUAAUCGAUGCACUUAUUGAUGAAGCCGGUAACUGAGGUGGUAUACUCCUCAAUGCCAUUGGAUAAAUCCUGGAACAUGUUCCAGUCAAAUUUAGAAUAACGCUUGAAUUAUUCAAGUCUUCCUGCUAAUUUACAUUCUUAAAGGAGAAGUUAACUUUUUUACAACCAAUUCUGUAUUUUGGAUGUAAAAGGCAUGUUAUAGAAGUGUCCAGACAUCAUUUCUUUGUGAUUUCACUUGUUUUUGAGAAACUUAUCCCAACCAGCGAGACACUUCCUCAUCCUCGUUCUUCACCCAAAUACGCAAUUUUAGAACUGGAAAUGCAGUGAUGCAGGUCUUUAGAUGUUGUUCACAUUAAAUUAUGUGAUUCCAAACUUUAUCCACAACGUUAUACCCCAUUUUGUGCAACUCAAGUGGUUUCCCCUAUCCAGCUGUUCCAUUCUCUGUGUAGCCUGCUGCUAGAAUGGACAUAGAGGUUUCGCUCAAGUCGCAAACAAAAUGGAAUAUAACAUUGCAGAUAAAGUUCGGAAUGACACAAUUUCAUGUGUACAACAUCUAAAGACCCUGCAUCACUCUAUUGAGAGCUUUGCAAUUUCUAUUUGGUGUUUUUGGAGCCUGUGUUCAUGUUUAUUGCAACCCCCAUACUGCAGAAUGCGCAAUGAGGAAGUGUAUCGCGAGUGGGGUAAGUUAAAAAAAUCGAAAGAUUUCGUUGUACAAAAGUAAACUUCUCCUUUAAUGGUAAUUGUCUUGGAAUGUUUUAGCUAUAAUAACGUUUUGGUGAUGUAAUAACAAUUUCAUUUGCAACUUGGCAGACAGGCCUACACCUGUGAUGAUGGAAGAGUAGGGGGGUGUCACGCGACGUGUAUGCGGUAGCGAAGUCAAAAGCAGGACACAGAGCGGCUGGCAACGUAUUUUACAGAACACAGUAAAAUAAACGUACAAAACAACAAACCUCCAAAACGGGGAGGAAAGCACAAAGACCCGUACAUACAAAACAGCCAGAAUGACAACAAGCAAUAACACACAAAAUACCAAUGAGAGACAGGGGUUAAUAUAGGGAAUACAAUCCAACAUAAUGGGAAACAGGUGUAAACAAUAAAGACCCAAACAAGACAAACACCGAAACAUCGAUCGGCAGUAGCUAGUACUCCGGGGACGACGAACGCCGAAGCCUGCCCGAGCAAGGAGGAGGAGCAGCCUCGGCUGAAUCCAUGACAGUAUCCCCCCCCCCUUGACGCGCGGCUCCAGCCGUGCGCCGACCCCGGCCUCGUGGACGGCCAGGAGGACGCGGAGCAGGGCGAGUCGGAUGACUCCGGUGGAAAUCCCUCAACAGGGAGGGAUCUAGGAUGUCCCUCCUAGGGACCUAGCACCAUUCCUCCGGACCAUACCGCUCCCACUCCACAAGAUAAUGCAGCCCCCCAUCCGACGCCUCGAAUCCACGAUGGAACGGACUGAGUACGCCGGAGCCCCCUCGAUGUCUAGUGGGGGCGGAGGAGCCUCUCGUAUCUCAUUCUCCUGGAGUGGACCAGCUACCACCGGCCUGAGGAGAGACACAUGGAACGAGGGGUUAAUGCGGUAUUUAAUGGGCAGUUGUAACCGAUAACAUAUCUCAUUCAAUCUCCUCAGGACUUUAAAUGGCCCCACAAACCGCCGACCCAGCUUCCGGCAGGGCAGGCGAAGGGGCAGGUUUCGGGUCGAGAGCCAGACCUGAUCUCCCGGUGCAUAAACCGGACCCUCACUGCAGUGGCGAUCGGUGCUCGCCUUUUGCCGUCUGAUAGCCCGCUGCAGAUGGACAUGCGCAGCGUUCCAUGUUUCCUCUGAGCGCCGAAACCACUCAUCCACCGCAGGGACUUCGAUCUGGCUCUGAUGCCAGGGUGCCAGGACCGGCUGAUAACCCAGCACACACUGAAAAGGCGUAAGAUUAGUGGAGGAGUGGCGGAGUGAGUUUUGGGCUAUCUCUGCCCAGGGGAUAUACCCAGACCACUCCUCCUGCCGGUCCUGGCAAUAGGACCUCAGAAACCUACCCACAUCCUGGUUUACUCUCUCCACCUGCCCAUUACUCUCAGGGUGAAAACCCGAGGUAAGGCUAAUCGAGACCCCCAAAUGUUCCAUAAACGCCCUCCAGACUAUAGAGGUGAACUGGGGACCCCGAUCAGACACUAAAUCCUCAGGCACCCCGUAGUGCCGGAAGACGUGAGUAAACAGGGCGUCGGCCAUUUGUAGGGCUGUAGGAAGACCUGGCAUAGGAAUGAGAUGGCAGGCCUUAGAAAACCGAUCCACAACGACCAAGAUCGUGGUAUUCAUCUAGGAGGGGGGAAGGUCCGUGACAAAAUCCGCCGAUAGGUGAGACCACGGCCGUUGUGGAACGGGUAGAGGUUGUAACUUCCCUCUGGGCAGGUGUCUAGGCGCCUUACACUGGGCGCACACCGAGCAGGAAGAAACGUAAACCCUCACGUCCCUAGCUAAGGUGGGUCACCAGUACUUCCCGCUAAGGCAGUGCACUGUCCGACCAAUACCAGGAUGACCAGAGGAGGGUGACGUGUGAGCCCAAUAUAUCAGUCGAUCACGGACCUCGAGCGGCACGUACCUCCACCCCUCUGGACACUCUGGGGGAGUAGGGUCGGCACGUAACGCCCGCUCGAUUUCCGCAUCGACCUCCCACACCACCGUUGCCACCAGACAAGAAUCCGGAAGUAUGGGAGUGGGCUCAAUGGACCUCUCCUCUGUGUCAUAUCAUCGGGACAGGGCGUCUGCCUUAGCGUUCUGUGACCCUGGUAUAUAAGUGAGCUUAAAUACAAACCGGGUAAGAAACAUGGCCCACCUAGUCUGACGAGGGUUCAGUCUCCUCGCUGCCCGGAUGUACUCCAGGUUACGAUGGUCAGUCAGAAUGCCAAUGCCUCCACACCUUCAGGGCUUGGACCACCGCUAGCAACUCCCUGUCCCCCAUGUCAUAAUUGCGUUCCGCCGGACUGAGCUUCUUGGAAUAGAAAGCACAGGGGCGGAGUUUUGGAGGCGUGCCCGAGCGCUGAGACAGUAUGGCACCGAUCCUCGCCUCGGACGCAUCCACCUCAACUUGGAACGCCAAAGAGGGAUCCAGACGUGCCAGCACCGGAGCCGAGGUGAACAGGGCCGUCAGAUGUUUAAACGCCCUGUCCGCCUCAGCCGACCACUGCAAACGCACCGGGCCCCCCUUUAGCAGGGAGGUGAUGGGAGCUGCUACCUGUCCAAAGCCCCGGAUAAACCUCCGGUAGUAAUUGGCAAAACCCAAAAACCGCUGCACCUCCUUCACCGUGGUGGGAGUCUGCCAAUAACGCACGGCUGAAACGCGGUCAAUCUCCAUCUCCACCCCUGACGCGGACAACCGAUGUCCCAGGAAGGAGAUGGACUCCUGGAAAAACAGACAUUUCUCCGCCUUCACAUACAGGUCAUGCUCCAACAGUCUACCCAGCACCCGACGUACCAGGGACACAUGCUCGGCUCGUGUAGCGGAGUAUAUUAGAAUGUCAUCAAUAUACACCACUACACCCUGUCCAUGCAAAUCCCGGAAAAUCUCGUCCACAAAUGAUUGGAAGACUGAAAGAGCAUUCAUUAAACCGUAUGGCAUGACGAGGUACUCAUAGUGACCCGAGGUGGUACUGAAUGCUGUCUUCCACUCAUCUCCCUCCCUAAUGCGCACCAGGUUGUACGCGCUCCUGAGAUCCAAUUUUGUGAAAAAUCGCGCCCCGUGUAAUGACUCCGUCAUACUAGCAAUCAGAGGGAGAGGAUAGCUGUAUUUGAUUAAUAAUCUGAUUGAGACCACGGUAAUCAAUACACGGGCGUAAGCCCCCAUCCUUCUUCUUCACAAAAAAGAAACUUGAGGAUGCAGGGGAAGUGGACGGCCGUAUGUAUCCCUGUCUCAGAGAUUCGGUGACGUAUGUCUCCAUAGCUGCCGUCUCCUCCUGAGACAGAGGAUACACAUGACUACGAGGAAGCGCAGCGCCUACCUGGAGGUCUAUCGCACAAUCCCCCUGUCGAUGAGGUGGUAAUUGAGUCGCCUUCUUUUUACAGAAGGCGAGUGCCAAAUCGGCAUACUCAGGAGGAAUGUGCAUGGUGGGAAUUUGGUUAGGACUUUCCACCGUCGUUGCCCCUACGGAAACACCUACACACCGCCCGACACACUGAUCAGACCAUCCCUUGAGAGCCAUCUGUUGCCAUGAAAUGUUGGGGUCAUGAGAUGUUAACCAGGGAAGCCCCAACACCACGGGAAACGCAGGAGAGUCAAUCAAAUACAACUGUAUAAUCUCCUCAUGGCCCUCCUGCGUCUUCAUCUUAAGUGGCGCUGUGACCUCCCUAAUCAAUCCCGACCCCAAAGGGCGGCUAUCUAGGGCAUGGAUGGGGAAGGGCACAUCAACUGGUACAAUGGGAAUCCCUAACUUAUAGGUGAACCGGCGAUCAAUAAAAUUCCCAGCUGCGCCUGAAUCUACUAGCGCCUUAUGCUGGGAGUGAGAAGAAACCUCGGGAAACACAACUUUAAUACACAUAUGUACAACAGAGAGCUCUGGGUGAGUUGGGUGCUUACUCGCCUGGAAUGACUCAUCAGUGCGUUGCCUACUGCCUCGAUUCCUAGGAGACCCUCCCCAGCACCGAACCGCAGUGUGUCCUCUGCGGCCACAGUUGGUGCAGGGGACGGCCUCUCUCCUGGUCUCUCUCCUCGUCUCCCUAGCACCAGCACCCCCGAGCUCCAUAGGGCUCGGCUCGGAAGUGCUGGGGGAUGGAAUGGACGGCCCCGACUCCGGACAUCCGCGGGUAGCCAACAGGGUAUCUAGGCGAAUCGACAUGUCCACCAGCUGAUCGAAGCUUAGGUUGGUGUCCCUGCAGGCCAACUCUCGACGAACGUCCUCCCUUAGGCUGCACCUGUAGUGGUCGAUGAGGGCCCUCUCAUUCCAUCCCGCAUUGGCAGCCAGAGUCCGGAAGUCCAGUGCAAACUCCUGCGCGCUCCUCUUCCCCUGUCUGAGGUGGAACAGACGCUCACCCGCCGCCUUCCCCUCUGGGGGAUGAUCAAACACCGCCCUGAAGCGGCGGGUGAACUCUGCAUAGUUGACUGUAGUGGCGUCUAUUCCCCCCCACUCGGCGUUGGCCCACUCCAGUGCCUUGCCGGACAGACAGGAGAUGAGGGCGGACAUGCUCUCGUAUCCCGAGGGCACCGGGUGGACGGUUGCCAGGUAGAGUUCCACUUGGAGCAGGAAACCCUGACACCCGGCCGCGGUGCCAUCAUAAGCCCUCUGGAGCGAGAGCCGAAUCCCACUGGACUCCGGAGGUGAAGCGAUGGGCAUAGCUGAUGGUGGUGGUAUCGUUGGAGGAGGUGUGGGCAAACCUCCUCUUUCCCAUCGCCUCAAGGUGUUCAUCACCCCUUCCAUGGCGGUGCCGAGAUCCUGGAUCAUGUCCGCUUGCUGUAUAACGCGCUCCUCCAGUGAUCCAGCUGGCACAGCCACUCCUGCUGACUCCAUGUCUUGGGUGUGUUAUUCUGUCACGCGACGUGUAUGCGGUAGCGAAGUCAAAAGCAGGGCACAGAGCGGCUGGCAACGUCUUUUACUGAACACAGUAAAAUAAACGUACAAAACAACAAAACCUCCAAAACAGGGAGGAAAGCACAAAGACCUGUACAUACAAAACAGCCGGAAUGACAACAAACAAUAACACACAAAAUACCAAUGAGAGACAGGGGUUAAUAUAGGGAAUACAAUCCAACAUAAUGGGAAACAGGUGUAAACAAUAAAGACCAAACAAGACAAACACCGAAACAUCGAUCGGCAGUAGCUAGUACUCCGGGGACGACGAAUGCCGAAGCCUGCCCGAGCAAGGAGAAGGAGCAGCCUCGGCUAAAUCCGUGACAGGGGGAGAGAGAGAAAGAGAGGGACAGAGAGAGAGAGAAAUAGUUAUCUAUCCAAAACGGAGAUGUAUGGGUAAACCACUUCUCCAAUCUUUUUGGCCCUAUAACAAAGAACAAACAGCAAAAAAAUAUACAUGAUCAAAUGCAAAUCUUAGAAUCAACUAUUAAAGACUACCAGCACUAUGGGAGGGAGGGUUAUUUGUCUGACUAUCAUUAGUGAUUGUCAACGAUCAGGCACAGUGUCUGCUGUCUGUGACAGGUCUGAGAGGACAUUAGUGGGACUGUCUGAUUUAAAGAGUUUUACUCAUGUUGCUCUUUAGAAUCAGUCAUACAGGCCAGUGGCAUCAGUGUUGGUUAGACUGGGGAUUACUGACUAGUUGGAGAGCAUGUCCCACACACACACACACACACACACACACAUCCUCACCAUUCCCCCCAACCAUCAGAGAUUGACCUAAGCAUCAGGGAGAUAGAGGUUGUUACAUCAUCCUUGACUGCAUCCCAAAUGGCACCCUAUUCCUUAUAUAGUGCACUACUUUCAUGUGCAUGUAGGGAAUAUCUGGGACACAGUCCUUCUCUGGAACACAGUCCUUCUCUGGAACAUGGUGAUGAGUAGGGUUGGUUUGUAGGCAUCAUUACCGUAGAAUUUAUGUGGCUCUGUUUCUCCCAAGAGCUCCUGGUGUACCCCUAAUGAGCGCUCAUAUUCAUCCUACUGCAAGAGAUUAAACACAAGCACAAAUGUGCGCUCGCACACGGACACGCACAUGCACACACACACAUAGACACACACACAAACACAAACAAACAUACACAUUGACAUGGAGGUGGCUUGGUUGUAAUUGUGGCAGUACCGUUGAAUUGAUUUGAAUGCAAAAUGCAUGUCGUCUUUUAUUUGACACACAAACAGAUGACUGACAGCGUGACUACAACAAACAGGGAAAAGAAGCAUAAAUAACAAUAUUAAUCAACUGAAUCCUUUGUUUUUCUCUCCUCUCUUCCUCUUCGUCCUCCUUCUCCUCUCCUCUCUCCUCUCGUCCGCCCCUCUCAUCUCUCGUCUCCGCCUCUCUCCCUCUCUCUCUCUCGUCCUGCUCUGCUCCUCUCUCUCUCUCACUCCUCUCUCUCUCUCUCUCUCCCCGCACCCUCAAAGGACAGCGCGACGAUGCAGUUCUGUGCCAACAAACUGGACAAGAAGGACUUCUUUGGCAAGUCAGAUCCUUUCAUGGUGUUCUACAGGAGCAACGAAGACGGAACGUAAGUCUCUGAUGUGUUCUGUGAUUCUGGAUCCUGAUUCUGUAUCGAUGUUCUGUUGUAAAGCUACCUGACAGAGACUGACAGAGCCUGACAGAGGGAGAGAGAAGGCCUAGGAUAGGAGAUGCUUGUAGCAGAACUAGAAGUGGUUUCAAAGCAACACCAGACCCAAAGGAGUGACACACGUCUCUUUGAGAUCUCAAAGCCUUAGGUAGAGCUCCAGUGUUUCAUGGUACAGCCUUUAGAAGAAGCUUUGGUAGUGUUCCAGUCUUUCAGAACAGCACAGGAGACAGCAAAGAGAGAGGCAGUUGGUAGUCUAAGCAAGGUGGGGGGAACGCAGGAAGAAGGGUGUAGGGGGCGAGAGAGGGAGGGGUGCAGAGAAAAAGCAAACAAAAUGUACUUAACAAACUUAGAAUAAUUGUUGGACAUAAAAGACUGUAAAAAGACCAGCAAAUCAGCUCCAAGUGAUUUUAAUUUUGGAAAUCUGUUCAGAAGUAUUAACACGCAUAAAAGAGAGAUACUGUAUAUGUGAUUGUGUACAAAUGUAAGCAAGGUUUUAAGUGAUUAUGUUUUAGUCAUCUGUUUGGGCUUCUUGCGGUCAAUUUGCAGUCUACAAAUUAUUUGUAAUUAUGUUCUGGCCUCCUGACCAUGCGCUCAAGAAGAAAUCGUCCCACAGCUGAAUCUAGUUGAUGAUCCCUGCUCUACAGUGUGACAAAUGAAAGAGUAAGAAAGGGAUGAAGCACAAGAGAGCAGGCGCUCUUUUGAGCCAAUUAAGGACUGAAGCCCUAAAGUUAACCUUGCUUACUUACUGUAACUCCACCGAUGCAGCUUUGCCAAUGUAAGCACAACCCACUGGGUCGUUCCACCUCACAAAGCACAAGAAAGAGGAUUUCGACAGCCACCAUCUCAGAUUGUUCUGAUAUAGUUUCUGUUGUUAAAAAACAGAUAAGAUUAGAAUUUCUGAAACAUUAUUUUGUUGAAAUAUAAUUUGAUCUCUGAGAAAUUAAGCUAAUUGAUUGCACCCAAAUUGGCCAUUUUAAUUUAUAGGAUUCAUAUCAUAUUCAAUAAAUAUAGUACCUAACAUCCGAAUUGAACCAAACUUUUUUUCUAACAAUGACUUAGACAUGAGGAAUCCCAUCCCAUUAUCAGCCUGAAAAUGUCAUCCUGGCACGUUUUUGCAAAAAGAUAAAUUGUCACAGUAGCUGACGUUUUUCUCAAUACAUUUCAAUCAAUGGGAAAAGAUGAUUGUCACAGGGUUUACAUUUAUCCUAAAACAUUGCAGUCAAUAGGAAAAUAUGGGUGUCACAGGGUUUAUGUUUAUCUCAAUACAUUGCAGUCAAUGUGAAAAGAUAAGCUUCAACCAAUCGAAUCUUAUGUCAAUAAAUUGCAGUCAAUGGGAAAAGAUGAGUGUCACAGGGUUGAUGCUUAUGUCAAUACAUUGCAGACAAUGGGAAAAGAUGAGUGUCACAGGGUUGAUGCCUAAGUGAAUACAUUGCAUUCAAUGGGGGAAGAUGAGCAUCACAAUAUGGAUGCAUAGAGAAAGGCAUCACAUACUUGACACCCUCCACUCUCUACCUCCUUCCCUCUCUCUCUUCUAUCUCUUUCCCCCCUCCCUUCUUCACCCUCUCCCUCUCUCGCUCCCCUUUCUCUCGCUCUCCCUCCUACCCCUCCAUUCUAUCUCCCUCCUUCUUCCCCCCUCCUUCUAAUCUAUUUCUCUCCCACCUCCAUCUCUCUCUCCACUUUCCCACCGCCACAGACAGGAUAUUGACGCAUCGAUAUGCAUCAAGAUUAUUGGCGCAUAAGUCAAUACAAAGUUGGGGAUAGAGCUGCCAUGGGUAAAUUGGUGAAAGACUAAGUCAGACAGACAGACAGACAGACAGACAGACAGACAGACCGACAGACAGACAGACAGACAGGCAGAGAGUGAGAGAGAGAGAGAGAGGAGAGGAGAGAAGGAGAGAGGGAGGAGAGAGAGAGAGAGAAGAGGAUCAGUAGGAUGCAGACAGACAGAAUAUAGAACUCAGAAGACAGACAUCCACUCACAGAAGAGAGAGGAGACAGGCAGCAGGCAGCAGACAGACAUAAAUACAGAAUACAACUCCAACAGAAGUAGAGACAGGCAGGCAGGCAGACAGACAUAUAAACUCACAGGUAGGCAGGGAGGCAGGCAAACUCUAACUCAACCCUAAACCUCACCCUAACCCUAGCUUCAUGUCCACAUUCCGGCUCAACCCUAACCCUAGCCCUAACCCUAGCCCUCCACAUCUUGGCUCAGCUCUUGGAGAUAUGGUUGACCUGGAAUGUGGACAAGAAGUUAGGGUUAUGGCUAGGGUUAGGGUUGAGUCAAGAUGUAGAGAUGAAGAGAGGGUUUGGGUUAUGGUUAAGGUUAGGGUUGAGCGGGGAAUGGACAUGAAGCUAGGUUUAGGGCCUCAACCCUAACCUAACCUUCCCACUACAUGGCAGAAAGGUAGACCUCACUUGAAACCUGACCUGGAGUGACAUCUACAGAAGGGUUGCGCCAAGAUGUAGAGAUAAAGUGAGGGUUAAGGUUAGGGUCAGGGUUAGAGUUAGGGUUGAGCCAAGAUUUUAUAUGAAGCUAGGGUUAGGGUUGAGGCUAGGUUUAGGGUUGAGCCGGGAUGUGGAUAUGAAGCUAGAGUUAGGGUUAGGGCCUCAACCCUAGACAUAACCCUAACCUUAAUCCAAUGAACAAUUAAUUAAUUUGCCCCUCCCCCCAUUACAUGAAAGAAAGGUAGGCCUCACUUGAAGCCUGAUCUACAGUUAAUGUGCUUUUGAGUGACAUCAGCAUAAUGGUUGAGGCUAGAAACAAAAUUCUCGCAUGGGAUCAUUCAACAGACACUCCCGAUGCAAGCCUACAUCUGACCAUGUGAAAGUAACUCUUGGUCCCACAGAGAACAAGGCUUUUCUUCCAUAGAAAAGCAUUACCUACAGCCCUCACAUAACCAUGACGCCCCAGUUGACUGCGAUUGAGCUAGCUAACCAUCCUUGCACACAACCAAGUGUGACCUUACAGGGAUGCCCUGUGUUGAUGUUCAUCUUCCUGUGAGAACAGGAAGUUUCUUAAUUCAUCCUCAACAUUCAUUCUCUCCCUGCAGUUACACAAAAACACUGUCUUCCGUCCUCGUAGAAACGUCAAUUCUUAAUGUAAAGGAACUCAGGGCAUUGUUAAGUAGUGUCAGAGUAUUGUUUCUUCAUCCUAUGUAAUGUAUUCCCAGUGAAUUUGGUGAUUUUUUUUCCCACGUUCAGAGAAAUUUGUAAUUGAAGUUAUGUUUAUGUCCCAUCCUACAUCCUGAUAUUAUCAUGUUCUGAACACUAGAUGGUGCUGUUCCUGCUAUUACGUGAACAAAGUUUAAAGUAUCAACCCCUCAAUGUUUACAUUUACAUUUUAGUCAUUUAGCAGACGCUCUUAUCCAGAGCGACUUACAGUUAGUGCAUACAUUAUUUUAUCGAACCCACAACCUGGCGUUGCAAACGCCAUGCUCUACCAACUGAGCUACAUCCCUGGACGACGCUGGGCCAAUUGUGCGCGCCGCCCCAUGUGUCUCCCGGUCGCGGCCGGCUACGACAGAGCCUGUAUUCGAACCAGGAUCUCUAGUGGCACAGCUAGCACUGCGAUGCAGCGCCUUAGACCACUGCGCCACUCGGGGUUAAAGGGAUAGUUCACCCGAAUUACAAAAUUAUAUAUCAGUUUCCUUACCCUGUAAGCAUUCUAUGGUAUGACAGCAACCCAUGAUUUGGUUAUGGUACCUAUGUUAGCAUUUUCACACUUCAUGUCCAAGUCAUGCUAAAGUAUCAACAAAUGUAUUGUGUAACUCAAUGGUGUUACUUAUAGAAAAUGUGGAUAUGAAGAGCAAAAAUGCUAAUAGGUACCAUUGACUUGCAUUGGAUUUGUGCCACAAAUGCUAAAAAGUUAGCAUUUAAAACAGUGGCCAGGUAAACAAAACCAAAUCAUGGGUUGCUGUAGUACCUGUCCAUACACUGCUUACAGUGUAAGGAAACCAAUAUGUAAUAGUGUAAUUUGGGUGAACUAUCCCUUUAACAUUGAGGGGGGAUUAAUAAAAAUCACCUAAUAGCAGGAACAGCACCACCUAGUGGUCAUAACCUGAUAAUAUCAGGAUGUAGGAUGGGACAUAAACCUAACAACUUCAAUGACAAAAUUCUCUGAACAUGGAAAAAAAAUAACAUUCACCAAAUUCACUGAGAAUACAUUACAUAGGAUGAAGAAACAAUACUCCAAGCUGCAGCGCCAUACUACUUGUCAGACAUAGAGAACUGAUACUGUAUACUCAUUGUUGGUUUGGGAUUGGCGUAGGGUGUGGGUGUCACGAUCGUUCAUGAACGAGAAGGACCAAGGCGCAGCGUGAUAUGCAUUCAUAUUUAUUAACGACUAAACACACGACAAAACAACAAACGAAACGUGAAGUCCAAGGUAGCAUACAAACAACAUACCUUUACGGAACAAGAUCCCACAACCCACUAGUGCCAACAGGCUACCUAAGUAUGUCCCCAAUCAGAGACAACGAGCUACAGCUGCCUCUGAUUGGGAACCACCCUGGCCAACAUAGAUCUAAACGAUCUAGAAACUAACAUAGACAAACCCAACACAGAAAAUACACACCCUGACUCAACAAAUAAGUCCCUAGAGUCAGGGCGUGACAGUACCCCCCCCCCCAAAGGUGCGGACUCCAACCGCGCCACAUAAACCUAACAGGGUAGGGGCCGGAUCCGGCUCCGGGUGUGACCACCACUUACUCUCCACCUCCCCGUUGCGCCCCUGGUCUGGUCUGGACCUUGGCGCGCUGCUUCCUCUCUCCUUCCUCCCACGAAGUACCACGCCCUGUCUGGACCCUGGUGUGGGAGACCCCUAACCUGGAGAGAGGCUGACGUCUGGGUCUGGACUGGAACCGCUGACUGGAGCUGGACCCGACGACGGUGGAUCGAACUGCUCUGGCUCCGGAGUAGAGCCGCUGACCGGAGCUGGACUGGACCCCGGUGGAGCGGAUUGCUCUGACUCCGGAGUGGAGCAGCUGACCGGUGCCGGACCAGGCACCGGUGGAACAGGCACGGGCCGUGCCGGACUGGACACACGCACCACUGGCUUGGUGCGGGGAGCAAGAACGGGCUGGACUGGGCUGACGACGCGCACCCCUGGCUUGGUGCGGGGAGCAGGAACGGGCCGGACUGGGCUGACGACGCGCACCACUGGCUUGGUGCGGGGAGCAGGAACGGGCCAUACCGGACUGGCGACGCGCACCACUGGACCUGGUGCGGGGAGCAGGAACGGGCCGGACUGGGCUGACGACGCGCACCACUGGCUUGGUGCGGGGAGCAGGAACGGGCCGUACCGGACUGGCGACGCGCACCACUGGCCUGGUGCGGGGAGCAGGAACAGGCCGGGCCGGGCUGGCGACGCGUACCACUGGCUUGGUGCGAGGGACAGGAACAGGUCGGACCGGACUGGCGACGCGCACCACUGGCUUGAUGCAGGAGCAGGAACAGGCCGAACCAUACUGGGAACACCCACCACUGGCUUAGUGCAGGAAUCAGGAACGGGCCGGACCGGACUGGCGACACGCACCACUCGAUUGGUGCGAGGAGCGGGACUGGGUUCCUUCAUUAACCCCCGCUCCUUCUGCUGCCUAACCAGCUCCUCUCGCCGUGCCUCUACACUUUCCUUCUGCUCCCUCUGAACCAAUGACCCCCUUAAUCUGGCGGCCUCCUCUGCUAAACGGCUGAUCCGCUCUAUCGCGGCCUCCUGCUGCCUCGUCGUCCACGGCGUGAGCCCCCCCCUAAAACAUUUUUGGGCUUGUCUCUCCCCCGUGAUCAUGGCCUCCAUCCCUCUUGCCAGACUCUCGCUCAUCUCCUCCCAAGUCCAUCCUCUCUCCUCGUCACGCUGCUUGAUCCAGGAUUGGUGGGAUCUUCUGUCACGAUCGUUCAUGAACGAGAAGGACCAGGGCGCAGCGUGAUAUGCAUUCAUAUUUAUUAACGACUAAACACACGACAAAACAACAAACGAAACGUGAAGUCCAAGGUAGCAUACAAACAACAUACCUUUACGGAACAAGAUCCCACAACCCACUAGUGCCAACAGGCUACCUAAGUAUGGUCCCCAAUCAGAGACAACGAGCUACAGCUGCCUCUGAUUGGGAACCACCCUGGCCAACAUAGAUCUAAACGAUCUAGAAACUAACAUAGACAAACCCAACACAGAAAAUACACACCCUGACUCAACAAAUAAGUCCCUAGAGUCAGGGCGUGACAGUGGGAGGUCUGUGGGUGGCUUUUGACCAUUUAUUUGGAUUCCUCAUGUCUUACUCAUUGCUAGAAACAUUUUCGCUAGGUACUAUAUUUAUUAAAUAUUUUAUGAAUCCUAUAAAUUAAAAUGUCAAAUUUGGAUGCAAUCAAUUAGCUUAAUUUCUCAGAGAUCAAAUUAUAUUUCAACAAAAUAAUGUUGCAGGAAUGCUAAUCUCAUCUGUUUCUAAACUAUAUCAGAACAAUGGUGGGUGUCUUUGCUUGUUGGAAUGACAUGGAACGACUCCAUUAUCAAUCACACUGGUUUACUGUAUCGCUACAGUGUGACAAAUGAUGCGGUGGAGAAUGCAAUUAGAGAGAACAAACAGAAGGCCAACAGGUCUUUGUAUAAAUAAAUUAAACACACCAGCAGGUCUGAGCCAAACCCACCAGGGACCAGACAACACCUCCCCAUUCCUUAACAGGCUUCCAGUGUGUGUGUGUAUGUGUGUAUGUGUGCAUGUGUGUAUGCAUGAGCCAUACCCAGAGGGACCGCUCUAUACAACACCUCCCAAUCCCCUAACAGGCUACCAGAGUGCACUCUGUUGUCCCAGAGGCCCUUACAGCAAGCGGUGUCAGACCAUUUAAGGGCCGCUGGUUUAGAGAGAGCCUGCACUUCUUAGCUGUUAUCUUCAUUCAGGCAUUUCUUAAAGUGACAAGAGGGGAAAGUGGCCAGUACAGAUGUGCUAAAAGUGUCUGUGUAGGAGAAAGGAGAGGGACAAAUUUGCGUGCGGCACGGCACGGCGCACACACACAAACACGCACAUAAAUGAGUUAUUGGCGGAUGCAGCUAAAGGGACCAUGCUGUUCUAAUGGCCGAAGGACUAAAGGCAACGAGGCAAGAGUAAAUCAAUCCCACGGCUCAGGAUAAAAGAGGGAACACACACAAUAUUGUGCAAAUCUAGAUCUGCUCAAGCAGAACUGUGGUGGGUGGACACACAGGGUUGGUGUGCGGUCCCGGUUAGGAAAGGUAUUCUGGUAUCAAAACAAUAUGCAAAUUGAUAUCGCACCUGUGUAAGGGAGGAGAGAGUCAUUAUAAAAGUGAAGGCCAAAACACAAAGCUGUGUUUGGACAGCGAUGUCAGUAAACAAAACAGAUUAUACACUGUUGCAAUUAUGAAGUUGCUGUUGUUUUCAACACAAUGAAUUGUCUUCUAACCGGAUAUAUUAUGUCUGUGUCUGUCUCUCUCCUCACAUAUCUUUCUCUUCCCCUCUGCUCUUCUCUUAUUUCCUGUCUCUUUCUUUACUCCUGCCCAACUCCUGCCCUUUUCUCUCUCUCUCUCUCUCUCUCUCUCUCUCUCUCUCUCUCUCUCUCUCUCUCUCUCUCUCUCUCUCUCUCUCUCUCUCUCUCUCUCAAUUCAAUUUCAAUUUCAAUUCAAGGGCUUUAUUGGCAUGGGAAACGUGUGUUAACAUUGCCAAAGCAAGUGAAGUAGAUAGUAAACAAAAGUGAAAUAAACAAUAAAUAUUAACAGUAAACAUUACACUCAGAAGUUUCAAAAGAAUAAAGACAUUUCAAAUGUCAUAUUAUGUAUAUUUACAGUGUUGUAACACUGUGCAAAUAGUUAAAGUACAAAUGGGAAAAUAAAUAAACAUAAAUAUGGGUUGUAUUUACAAUGGUGUUUGUUCUUCACUGGUUGCCCUUUUCUUGUGGCAACAGGUCACAAAUCUUGCAGCUGUGAUGGCACACUGUGGUUUUUCACCCAGUAGAUAAGGGAGUUUAUCAAAAUUGGGUUUGUUUUCGAAUUCUUUGUGGAUCGCUGUAAUCUGAGGGAAAUAUGUGUCUCUAAUAUGGUCAUACAUUUGGCAGGAGGUUAGGAAGUGCAGCUCAGUUUCCACCUCAUUUUGUGGGCAGUGUGCACAUAGCCUGUCUUCUCUUGAGAGCCAGGUCUGCCUACGGAGGCCUUUCUCAAUAGCAAGGCUAUGCUCACUGAGUCUGUACAUAGUCAAAGCUUUCCUUAAGUUUGGGUCAGUCACAGUGGUCAGGUAUUCUGCCACUGUGUACUCUCUGUUUAGGGCCAAAUAGCAUUCUAGUUUGCUCUGUUUAUUUGUUUGUUCUUUCCAAUGUGUCAAGUAAUUCUCUCUCUCUCUCUCUCUCUCUCUCUCUCUCUCUCUCUCUCUCUCUCUCUCUCUCUCUCUCUCUCUCUUUCUCUCCCUACCUCCCUCCCUCUAUCCCCUCACUCUCUCCUGCAGGUUUACUAUCUGCCAUAAGACAGAGGUGGUGAAGAAUACGUUGAAUCCAGUGUGGCAGUCAUUCACCAUUCCAGUCAGAGCACUCUGCAACGGGGACUUUGACAGGUAUAGAACUCACCUCUCGCCUCUCUCACCCCCUCUUGCCUCCCUCAUCCCAUCUCACACCCUCUCAUCCCGCUGA